UGGUCGCACUGCAGGAAUCCCGUGAGGGUGUUAAAUACAGAAAGAGUGACCCCCCCAAAAAUGUCCCCCCCAGCGCUGCCCCCGGUGCCCGGUCCGGAGAGCCGGGCACUGCCCGUCACAAAGAUGGCGCCACCGCCCUCACAUCGGGUUGGGCAAUGCCAACCACAAAGAUGGCGGCUCAUUGCCAAGCCCGCCGUGCCCUCAGCAAAGAUGGCGGCGGCAGCGUCUCGCCAGGAAGGGCGCGCCGCGGAUGACGCAUGCGCAGUGAGGGCGGCGAGCCCGUGGCUGCCCGGGCAGGGCGCAGUGUGGGGGUCCACCUCCCCCUGAGCGUGCCCCCUGCCCGCAGCAUGGCCGAGGGGGGCUCUGGCAGCUCGGGCUCCCCGGGCAGCCUCCGGCCGGGGGGGCCCCGGGGGGUGCUGGGCAGGCGCCCCCCCGCGCCCCCCCUCAGCCCGGGCCGCCUGCCCUCCAUCCGCUCCCGGGACCUCACCCUGGGCGGCGUCAAAAAGAAAACUUUCACCCCCAACAUCAUCAGCAGGAAGAUCAAGGAGGAGCCCCGUGAGGAUGUGGCGGUGAAGAAGGAGAAGAAGGAGCGGGAGCGGCAGCGGGACGGGCACGGCCGGGGCCGCCACCGGCCCGAGGUCAUCCAGUCCCACUCCAUCUUCGAGCAGGGCCCCGCUGAGAUGAUGAAGAAGAAAGGCUCCUGGGACCGGAGCGUGGACGUGUCCGACUUUGGUCCUUCCCACAUCAUCAACAUCAAGAAGGAGAAGAGGGAGACGGACGAGGAGACCAAACAGAUCCUGAGGAUGCUGCAGAAGGACGAUUUCCUGGAUGACCCGGGGCUGAAGAACGACAUCCGGAACAAGCCGGUGCAGCUGCCCCUGGCACACUCGGGGUGGCUCUUCAAGGAGGAGGUGGCAGAGCAGGAGGACACUCAGCCAUGGCUGCCUGCAGCCAAGGAGGAGAAGAUGGAGCUGGACCCACCAGCAGUGAAAGUGAAGGAAGAGCCCUGUGAGGAGGAUCCCAAGCCAGCCCAGCCCAAGGGCCCCCCCGGGUUCCCACGGGAUGUGUCAGCAGCAGAGCUGCUGCAGAGGCUGAGCCUGGCCCAGGAGGAGGAGCUGCUGUUCCUGCAGCUCCCUGACACCCUGCCAGGGCAGCCCCCCAGCCACGACUCCAAACCCAGCAAGGCUGAGCUGCACAGCGAGGACGGGCAGGUGCUGCUGGUGAAGCAGGAGAAGAGCCAGGAGGCCAAGCAGGCAGAGAACAUCUGCACCCUGGCCGACCUCCCCGAGGGCCAGGUGGGGAAGCUGCUCAUCCGAAAGUCGGGCAAAGUGCAGCUGGUGCUGGGCAAGGUCACCCUGGACGUGACCAUGGGCACCCCCUGCUCCUUCCUACAGGAGCUGGUGUCCGUGGGCAUCGGGGACAACCGCACGGGUGAGAUGAUGGUGCUGGGCCACGUCAGGCACAAGCUCGUCUGCUCCCCGGACUUUGAGGCUCUCCUGGAGCACAGGCACCGAUAGCCCAGGGGGUCCCAGGCCCCCCAGACCCCAGGAUGGACCCUCAGCCCCUCCAGAUGUGCCUUGGGACGUGGGCAGGGGGCUGGGAUCCCAAUCCCGUGCUGUGAUCCUGAGGGAUCCAGAGCCAGCUCCCAGCUGGUGUCCGGCCGUGUCCCCCACACCAGCGGCUCCCCCCAGUGCCAAACGGGGAUCUUGGGGUGUGUGGGGGGCUCUGGGGUGUCCCCCAGCUCUGUGGACACGUUGGUGGGAGCAGGACACACCUCCUGGGGGAAAAACCUGGAAUAAAAGCUCUGUUCCCCCUGU